UGCAGCAUCACUGAGCUGGUGCAGUGCAAAAACGCUUGCACAUCCCCUCCGAUGGUGUGCAGAACAAGGGGGACAUAAAACCCAACCGUCUGAUAUUUAUGCAUCCAUAGUCUUAAAUUUAAAAAACCUCAACAAAAAAAAGGCCUGUCAUCAUGAGCUGUGAUUCCUAUGUGUCAUACCGCCGCUCUUGGGACAACUACAGAGGCUCCCGUUUCACCACUAAAUCCUCCAUUUCCUCCUCGCUCUACUCUGUUCCUCGAUGUCCUCCGUCUGGGAAAAGGAUCCCGAGGCUGGUUUCUUCACUCCCGGAUGGGUCUGAGAGGAUGGACCUGGCAAAUGCCAGUUCCCUCAACACAGAGCUACUCGGCCUCCGCUCUCAGGAGAGGGAGCAGCUUGUGGAGCUGAACGACCGCUUUGCCACAUAUGUUGAGAAGGUGAGACACCUAGAAGUGCAGAACCGAGCCCUGCUGGCUGAGCUCGAGGUGCUGAGGAGGCACCAGAACAACCCGUCCCAUCUGCAGGCCCUGUAUGAGGGGGAGGCAAGAAGUUUGAGAGCCAUGAUUGACUCUGAGAAUGGAGAAAAGCUUUGGAUGGAGGCAGAGAAGGAAUACCUGCAUGAUGUCUAUGAGCAGGUGAAGGAUCGCUAUGAAGAUGAGGUAAGGAGGCGCAUGGAUGCUGAGGAGGCCCUGCAGAGGGCUAGAGAUGAAGCCAGCAGGGCGGUGCUUUCUAACGGUGAUGUGGAGGCCACUGUGGUGUCUCUGUGCGAUGAGAUGGUGUUCUUGAAGAAAAUAUUUGCAGAGGAGCAGGCAGAGCUGCAGGCGCAGCUGCAGAUGGUCAACAUCAGCGUGGAUAUGGAGGUGACAGGGCCCGACCUCUGUACCGCCCUGCGAGACAUCCGUGCACAGUACGAACGGCUGGCCAACAAAAACAUACAGGCCGCCGAGGACUGGUACAAGAACAAGUUUGCAAGUGUGGUGGAACUGGCCAGCAAAAACAAUGAGGCUGUGCACGCCAUCCGGGAGGAAACCAUGGAGUACCGAAGACUCCUUCAGUCUCGGUCCUCGGAGAUUGAGGCUCUCCGGAACGUCAUCGACUCCCUCAAUAAGCAGCUGGAGGAGCUGGAGGAGACACAGGGCAAAGAGGUGGUAAAGUACCAGAUGAGGAUAAAUGACCUAGAGAAGGACAUUGCUGAGGCCAAGCAGGAGAUGGUUUGCUACCUGAGAGACUACCAAGACCUUCUCAAUGUGAAGAUGGCCCUCGACAUUGAGAUAGCCGCAUACAGGAAACUUCUGGAGGGAGAAGAGAUUCGGCUGGCCUCUCCUUCCAUUUCCUCCCUAAACUAAAUCCUAAAAUCUAAACACCCUCAGCCUGGUGUAAACCAUCUUCAUCCCUUGCUUUCCUGACCUGAACAUCUCCACUGCUCUCAUCCCUCAGUUUUGCACCUCUGUUAUCUCACCCCUACAUUCCCCAACAGCAAACCACGAAACAAAGCUCAUACGGUCUCAAGACGUGCCCUUGUGCUAUACAAGAGGUCCACCAGAAGUCCCCCUUCUUCUACACACGUUAUGACACCAAACAUCAAGAUGACAACAAAGUGUAAAGUGCAGAGUGUCUGUACUGCAUUAGUUACAUUAGUUAGUGAAGGAGUGCAGUGCUGGUUCGGCUGAGUUCUUUUCUGUCGUAACGCUGCAGGUCCAAGCAGAAAACUUACAGUUUGAACCUUCUCUGAACCUUUGCUGUGCAAACAUUUGACCAGUUGUUUGUGAGCGAGGACAGAAAUUCUUUCUGAUUUUGAUGCUUAGAAAAGAAGUCUGCAGUAUUAUUAACUGGGAAGUCUACCAAGCCAGCAGGUACUGUCCUGCACUCCUGGUUCUGUAGUAGUCGUUGUAGUAAUAGUGGACCAGUAACCUUAACAAUUCUUUUGGCUACUUUAGAAAACCAUUUGUUUAUUUUUAAUUUCAUUUAUUCUUCCUCUGCAUUCAUAUCCAAAAACUACAAGCAUUGAUUUGUCUUAAAACUGGAGUUUGUUUGGGCUUUCCCACUCGGCUGAAAUGUCUCAUUUUCAAAAAUUUUUUUAAAUUGGAUAAUUUCCUGGAUAUGUAAAUGCUGUGGAAGACUAAUCGUUACUGGUUUCUCCUUAUAAUCAUGUAUCGUGUCUCUCAGUGAAUCAGCCUUAGACCUCUGUGUACAUCAAACAAAAACUAUGAAACUAAAAGAUGUAAGAGGUUCUUAUUGCCUGUGUGCUGAUCUUGUAAACAGGUACAUUACAAGUGUGAAACUAAUAGGCACCAGAAUGUUUAGUAUACCUUUAAGAAUGGCAACAAGCUGAAUAAAUAUUGAACUGAACGACAAAUCA